UGGUCGGCAGGAGCAGGCUUAGGGAUACAAGACCUAAUUUAUUUCCUCUCAAGACCUUCGAAUUUUGACAAAACCACUACCAUCGAGGUGGGUAAAAGAAGUCGCAUCAACCACCUCGACUCCGAGGCCAGGGCUACCAAGAUGGCCUCGAACUUGCAACCUGAGCCUGAUGAGCAGAUCGAGCUUCUGCGACAUGAAGAUGAUAUAAUCUCCAGCAUCAUGAGUUCCACCAGCCUGAUCAUCUCUUCCUCCCAGCAGCUCGACAAACAACAGACCGCCAUCGCCAGCCUGCUGAACACAGCAAGCAAGGUUUAUUCCAAACUUGACGAGGCUGAAAAGCUCUCAAUCGGAAACACGCAUUCUUCGCUAUUGUUGGCCUUAGCCGGAAUCACGCAGGCCGACGGCCAGCAGGACCAAGAACUCCACCAUGAGUGCUACUUCAAUCGACUCCCCAACGAGCUUAAGGACAAGAUUUGGAAGUUGUGCCUCCCGCCUGGUAGAAUCUACGAGCCGAUCACAUACUACGAUCACCAGGAACACGACCCAAGAAAAAUUCUUUUCUAUCAGCACUGGGCACCUCCGACUUUCAGAGAGGUCAACAGAGAGGCUCGCGAAUACUGCAUGAAGGCUGGCCAAUUCCGCUUCGGCCACUUUGAGGACGCAUUGGGCCACGGCACCAUGAGAUCGAUCUGGUACAACAAUGAUCUGGAUGCCAUCUAUGUCUCUGGUCUUGCACAGUUCUGGUACCUCAACCACCUUCAGGUGAAGAACCUCAUCAUCGGAGACGCCAUCGUCCUUGACCGGGACGAAUACAGAGAAGUGCUCACAAGCGAUUGUUACGGGUGUGAAAACCUUACAAUCGCCUAUCAACCCCGCGGAGCUCCCAUCGAAGAGAACAAGGGACCGACUCGCGAGGCAAUGGAAGCUACUGAGCCAGUCUUCUACCCCGUCAAGGAUGAUGAGCGCGUCUGCGCUGAGAUAGUGGACGUGGAAGAUUGGGGCGAAGGCCUGCUGAAGACCUGGGCCGAACACAGAGAUGAGCUGAAGGAGAUCUUCUACGAGGAUAGAUCCAAGACGAGAGACGUCACUUUCCGUUCUGUGGAGGUUUUCCGGAAGCCUCGCAUCAAGAAGGAAGGUUAUCAUUUCAGACGAUACCACACAAACGGGGCAUAA